CGUAGCGGCGAUCAGGUAGCUAAAGGUGCGAUCAUGUCGAUGUCAAAUGCCUAAAAUCACAAAGGAGGUUCAAGAGAUACUCAUUAUUUUGUGUAGUGCUUUAUUAUUAUUAAUGCCAAACAUGGUGCAAAACUAGAAAGACAUAGCACCGACUGCUACCUGACGACUCGAAAGCUUGCUACGGAGGAGAGACAGCACAAAGGUGGCUGAAGUUUCCAGGCCUAUGUGACCUUGUGAAGAUGGAUGAGAUCAGUCUGCAGAAUAUGGACUUAAAGCACGAAGAAGCCUGCAUCAAACUGGAGCAGGCCACCCAAUUUAUUACACAAGCUUUAAAGGAUGAGGAGGAAAAGCCAAAGAUGGCUCCAGUCCCCGACUCUGACAUGGAGGUCAGGAGGGCAUCAGUGGUGGACUGUGGGAAAACACAAGAGCAGCGAAAGCAAAAGAUCAAGAAGGACGAUGAAGAUGGAGAACAGCCCGAGACCCGCCUAUGUGACCUUGUGAAGAUGGAUGAGAUCAGUCAGCAGAAUAUGGACAUAAAGCACGAAGAAGCCUGCAUCAAACUGGAGCAGGCCACCCAAUUUAUUACACAAGCUUUAAAGGAUGAAGAGGAAAAGCCAAACAUGGCUCCAGUCCCCGACUCUGACAUGGAGUUCAGGAGGGCAUCAGUGGUGGACUGUGGGAAAACACAACAGCAGCGAAAGCAAAAGAUCAAGAAGGACGAUGAAGAUGGAGAACAGCCCGAGACCCGAAGAGGAUCAUCUCCCUCAUCCUCUUCAGCAUCCCCCUCCAUGUCACACACAGAGACUGAGAAGUCCAAAAAUCACUCCUGUUCUGUGUGUGGUAAAAGCUUCCGCUCACUGUCUCUGCUCAGGAAGCAUGGUGUUGUCCACACAGGUGAGGGGCCACACUUCUGCUCCCUGUGCGGUAAGAGUUUCACUGAAAAGUGCAAUCUCAAGCGACACCAGCUCCUGCACACUGGGGAGAAGCCCUUUUACUGCAAUCAGUGUGGCAACAGUUUCAGACAAGUGGUGCAUCUCAGAGAACACCAGCGCAUUCACACAGGAGAGAAGCCGUUCCACUGCACUCUGUGUGGCAAGAGUUUCGCUUCCAAGGGAAAUCUCAAAGCACACCACCAGCACAAGCAUACAAAACAGAGGCCGCACCACUGCGCUGACUGUGGCAACAGUUUCACUUGCCACAACGAUCUCAAGAAGCACCAGCGUAUUCACACAGGAGAACGGCCGUACCCCUGCACUCAGUGUGGCCAGAGUUUCACCAGGCCGUCUCAUCUCAGACGACACCAGCACACUCACACAGGGGAGAGGCUGUUUCACUGUACUCAUUGUGGCAAGAAUUUGUCUACUCUUGAAUAUCUGAAAGUACACCAGAAGAAACACACUGGACAAAUGUAGGAUGAUUCCAAGGGCCCUGAGAGGGCUCCUCGUGAUGCCAGUAACGCGUUACGCAUUACCGCUACCCACAUGAAAAAAUUCUAUAGUUUACUAUAGUAAAUAAACUAUAGUAUACCCUAUAUAUACUAAAAUAUUGUAGUGUUUUUGAACCUUACUAUAGUAUACUACCAAAAACUGAAGUUUUAUUACUACAGUAUACCACUAGCCUGAUAAACCAGCCUAAAUGGAUUGGAUGUCUAAUUUAGUCUGGCCUCGAUCAAUGGAUACAACGGAACAUUGUUGAUGAGCACAACCCGUUGUCUUUCAAACCGUGUCUGUGCCUAUAGGCCAACGCUCCCUCAAAACCCCGCCCCAGAGCCCUCUGCACCGCCCGCGUUGAUUCAAAACACAUCUCUGCGUUGUGAUUGGUUUAGUUGCCAUCUGCCAGAUUCAGGGCAGUGUUUUCAAAAUGUUCAAUGGUCCGAGGCCAGACCCAAAUGCAGGCAAAACAUUUUGCCGUCCAGCAGUUGGCGCUGGUUUUCCAGGCUAGUAUGCCACAUCUACUACAGUAAACUAAAGUAUACUACCGAAAACUGCAGUUUUAUUACUACAGUAUACCACAUACUACAGUUUACUACAUAAACUACAAUCUCUUGCUAUAGAAUACUACAAUUACGAUACUAUAGUAAUAUAUGGCAUUACAAUAACUGCAUUAUGCAUUUUGUUGUUGUUUUAACUAUGUCAUGAUUACUUUACCUAAUGGAUAUUUUCAACUGUAUCACUUUUUGUUGUGCCCAUUUUUAACCAAAGCGUAGGCCUAACAAUAAUUCACUACACAAAUUAAGCUUACAACCACCAUUAACAGUGUUUUCUACAGACUGCUAAAAUACAAAAAAUGAGAACAAAAGUUAAACAUUCUUAUAACAGUUGAUCAUUUAUUGUUUCUGAAAUGUGGCAGCAUUGCUCAGCUUUUGUCGUAUGUAUGCUUUUAUGUUGGUGUAAUGUGAGUGAACUUCAACUUUGCAGCAUCUGUGGGAAUACACACACACACACACACACACACACACACACACACACACACACAAACACAAACACAAACACAAACACAUACACGAAAGAUGAGUAUGAGAAAGAGGAUAUCAGAAUAGAAAAAACUUUUCUCAAUUCUAUAUACCUACUUGUUAUUUCAAAAAGGUCCUGUUUGGCUAGGCCAAGUUUUCCUUCUGUGCUCCUGGAUGACUGGCCAGAACUGAAAUUUGGUUUUGCCAAAUGAUCUAUGAGUUUUGAGAAUGUAAUUUUUGUUUCAAGAAAUCAGCCAAACCAAUGGAGAAAAACGGUAUUACGGAAGUCAUCCAACCUAUAAAGAAAUAUAUAUGGAAUAUUUUAAACAAAACGCUGUUAAAGGGAUAUUCCGCCAUUUUUGGAAAUACGCUCAUUUUCCACCUCCCCUCGAGCAAAACAAUCGAUAU